GCUGUCUGUGGCUUCAUCGUUCUAUAUGCUGUGUCGUGUGGGAAAGUCCGAAUUUGACAGCCACUCUCGCUCCGAGUGUCGGCGCUUUGGUCGAGCUCGCGGACUUCUCGGAAGGCGAUUCGGUCAGUAGUCAGCCGUCAGCCUCCGAUGACAUCGCGGAGACGGCUGCGUUGUAUUGCGACGACCUGUCAACCCCUUGGAGUGGGGGCGUUCCUACAGCCCCACCAAGCACGGUCGAGAGUCCGUAAGCUUGUCGAACGAUGACCGGUUUGCGAUUUAUCGAGUGCCAUUAAAAUGGUGAAACAUGGUUACCUCGAUGAGCAACAAACUCGGUAGAUGGUCAUUGUGUCUCACCGAUCUGAGUGCAUACUUUUCGGCGUGCAGCAUACGACAAUGUCGAGUUACCCAAGGUUCGACCAGACAAUUUCCCGGUUUCAUCAACGGGCCGCCCAAAGAAUCGCCAACUGUGGCUGGGUGCGGGAGCAGGGGUAGUCGUGUUUCGCAAUGCUUUUCGAGACAUGGGUGAAGCAUGCAGAGAACACGCGCUACAGAAAACCGUCGCCGUUCGAGAACUCUGGAAUGGCGACGCUGCUUUAGCUUGCAGACAUGAUCGGUGGCUGCUACAGAAUCAGUACCUGCACCGGCCCAUCGUCCGCGCUGUCGAUACAGCAUGAAACCGUGACCGAACUUCACGAUGACUCUCAAGGUAGUGUACGGACGACCAUGCCGGCACCCUCCCCGCUGGCGUCCCACCCUCGCCGAGUAGAGGUAAUUGCAGGCUGAGAGCCACCACAAUCCUCUGCCGCCGCAGACCCGCUAGUAUUUUUCGACAAGGAUGCUGUCACAGAACCUUGUCCCACUG